AUGUCUAACGUACAUGUUAAGCAAAGCAGUCGAUUAAACGAUUUAAUAAACUAUAAAUUAAGAGUUAUUACACAAGAUGGGAGAGUAUAUAUUGGAGAAUUGUUAGCUUUCGACAAAUACAUGAAUCUUAUCCUUAGCGAUUGUGUAGAGGAACGGAUCCCAAAGACUCAAUUACCGAAAUUAAGGAAUAAAGUACAAGACUCCAUUAAGAUUGAGAAAAGAGUGUUAGGUUUGACUAUUUUAAGAGGGGAACAUGUACUUACUACUGUGGUGGAGGAUAAACCUUUAUUAUCUAAGAAGGAACGAGUGGCACUUUUGAACAAUCAAAAGAAGAAAGUUCAAAAAAAUAAGAAGCAAAAUAAGAAUAAAAAUAAAGUUUCUAAGGAUUCGACUACAAACAAAAGUGCAUCCGCAUCUGUAUCAAGCGGUAGCAGAUUUAAUUCAUCAGGUAAUAAUGCACAAACUGGUGUACCUCGACAAACAAAAACGUUUCAACCUCCACCCGGUUUUAAAAGAAGGUGA